AUGAAGCAUAUCAGUUUAAAAACUGGAGAUUAUACAUUUAAAAGAAAAAAUGAAAUUUUAGUACAGGCAUGGAAGCCAAAACGCAAAAUCGUAUACAUGGUUUCUACAAUACAUUCGGGAGAACUAACAAACACAAAAAAAGUACAUURGAAAACAAAACAAGAAAUUAUAAAACCUCAAUCGGUCAUAGAUUAUAACAAAUAUAUGAUGGGCGUGGAUUUGGCCGAUCAGUUUUUAUCAUAUUUUUCCAUUAUGAGGAAAACCAAAUUUUUACAUGCUGUUGCACUUUUAUGGAUCGAAGAAUAUACAAGUACUCAAGAUGUAUCGAAUGUUCGUGGCGAACAACCUUCGGUAUUAGUUCCUACACCUCGCASAUCAAAAUAUKAUCACCAUCAGAGACUAUCGGGUGAUAUGAAGAAGCACAACGUUACUCGAAUUAUUGGAUCUGGGAACAAAAACCGAUAUGUACGACGUCCAUGCAAAGUUUGCUCUGCUAGCAAAAAAAGAAGCGAGAGUAGCUUUAUGUGUUCUCUUUGCCAAGUACCUUUACAUCUUGGAAAAUGUUUUGAACAAUACCAUACAUCCCUUAAAUACUAA